AUGCCGAAUGAAAAGUGUUGGGAAAGAUGCGAAGAAAAUUGCGUCGUUGCAGUUAAAGUUUUAAAUAAAUCUAAAAGGAUUAAAUUGGAUUUGUUGAACCAGAUCUUCUCUGGUCAAAAAUAUUACGUUACGGGGUUGAUUCGACAUUACGGAAUAACGCAAGAUUCAACGACUGAAGAUUACGCAAUAAUAAGUCAAUACGCGGAUAUAAACGUUCAGACGUAUUUGAAUGAAAGUAAACUACAAGCACAUUCGCUAUGGUUGGAAAAGUUGGAAAUAUUAAUGGACAUUUCAUCAACGUUAAUGCAACUUCAUAAUGAGGGAUUGCUUCAUGAAAAUCUACAUACAAAUAAUAUAUUACGUAGCGCGGAUUAUAAAACGUACUUGAGUGAUUUAGGAUUGACCUAUCCCCCAAACAAGUUAAAUCCAAAGAUUAUAACGAAAAUCUUGGAGAAACCUCCUUUUAAAAUCGAAAAACCAGAAUUAUUUACAAAUGCUCGAUUACCUUACCCGUUAGAAUUAUUAAUUAGCGAAUGCUGGGAUCAUAAUCCAAGCAAUCGCCCUAAUAUUAAAUAUAUCCAUAAAAAAUUAAAUGAAUGGUGGAUGAGUUCUUGGAAUAACUCCAUGGAUAACAUUUUAAAUCCUUUUAUAAAUCCUAAUCGACCUAGAUUUAAUUCUGCAAAAAAAUUUGACCCGAUUUAUAUAUAUGGCGUCCUGAAAAUUCCAAAUAAUGAUAAGGUUCACUUUAUGUCCGAACAAUGUGACCGAUUUAAUUUUAAAUAUCAAGAAAUUGUCGAAUCAACAAACAAACGAACGAAAAUCUCACCAUUACAACCAACAAAAAUGUUGACAAAACCGUCUUCAAAUGGUUCUGAUAUAAUGGAAUUAUUUAUAAAUGAACUCGAAUUAAAAAAUUUAAAUUUGAAUAAUUAUAAUUAUUGUCUGCAUCAUUUCAAAGGUAAGCAAAAGCAUGGUUAA